ACAAGCCAAUCAGAUUAGUCAUAACAAAGCCUAGCUCGGUACAGCCUCUCCCUUGAAGAACAUGACCAUGGACACACUUAGCUAGCAAGCUAGUUUAUAUAAUCAAAUCCUUUCUUUUCUGGAAUAAAUGUAAACGGCACUGGCUUGACAGAAAGGUGAAUCUGAGUGUACCACUAUGAUUGACGACUUCGAGAACAAGGAGGCUAGGUCCAGCGGGGAGCUGUGGUCUGAAAUCUGUUCGACUCUGCCUGACGUUGAGGAGGCAGGUCAAGGUGACGAGGCCCAAGCACAGUUCACAGACUCGUUCCAUCCCUCAUUGCGGAUCGGACCGCAGUCUAACGGUAUCUCUGCCGCGUCAUGGGAACCCAUGGAGGAUUCCGAUAUCUACAUUGCUAGUUUAGAGAACCGCCUGAAGAGACUGAAAGGCCAAUCCUCGGAGGUUACAUCCAGGGAGAUGCUGCGCUCCUUGUCACAGGCUAAGAAAGAGUGCUGGGACCGGUUCCUCCAUGACGCCCAGACCUCUGAGCUCUUCCAGGGGGGAGAAAUUGAUGGCAGUGCCCUGGAGCACCUGAAACGCUGGCUGCUGCCAGAGAAAGUUGCCAUUAGCGCUGAGGAGCUAGAGUUCCUUCUCCUGCCCUCCCACCGAGGAGAAAAUGGCACCUCAGAGCCAGAGACCAGCCCUGGUCCAGACACCACAGCACAGUCCCAUCAGGCCGAAGCCCAGGAGCAGGAGCAGGGGGAGGGCACCCGCAGAGUAAUGGAGGACGACUGCCCAACACCGGAGAAAUAGACUGGGAGGAAGAUGAUGAUGAAGGCUCUACUGGUUGGUGCUCAGACAUUUGAAUGCACAGGGACCACAAUGUAAUUGUUGUUAUGCAGGACUGUUGGGAAGCAGUGUGUAUUACCCUCAUCUCGAUGUUCAUGUGUCAUCUGUUUGUGGUUGAAUCAUUUUAGAAGUGAUUAUUUUGGACAUAUCAUUGCUAAACUUGCAUGACUGUUAGGUAUAUAGUGUUCAAAUGUUCAUUUUAAAACACCAUUACUUUAAUAAGGCUAAACUGUAAUUUUUGUUGUCAAACCAUAUGUAUUUUUAACCCUGCUGUAAUUAUUGUAGAUUAGUGAAAAUAGUUUCCGUUGAACCGAUAUGUACCUGCAUCGAACAAGUAGGAAGAGAUGGAAGGGUUUAAAACAAAACGAAAAAGGUAAGGAAACUAAGAAUACGUUUUGGCCAUAGUAUACAGUAGCCUACUUGGAAAAGCCCUCCUUUUGUAAUUUUUUCCUGUAAUUUCCUGCUCUACCCCAGAAAUAAUCAAAUUCUACUACACAACCCCGACGUUGCCGCUAGGAGGUAGCACUGAGAGUCAAAAAGGUGAAGCGACAAAGCACCUGUUGUGAAAUGCACUAGUAGCCUACUCUUGUAUUUUAAUAGAAGAGCAUUUUGGAGCUUGGAAGCUGUUGUACGCUUUCUUUCUGUGGUAAUGCUAAGACGCUAGCUAAUAAUAAUGCUCCUCGUGCUUAUCUUUGUUCAGUAACCUAUACUGUCAUCAUGAUAUAAUUGUAUUAUGUAAGAAAAUCUGAUAUGCCUUCAAUUUUGGUCUCCUGUCGGAUCUGGUUGUAGCUUUCUGUAGCUAUUCGAAAGUAAAAACAUUAUAAACACCUUUUGUUUCGUUCUUGU